UUCCUUUGUUCUAACACGGAAACCUCUCUUUUACCAGUGUUCCUUGCUUGGAUGAACACCAUGGAAUAAACUAAAAUGAAUGUGGUAUGCAUAGCCUGGGGCACGGAACAGUCUGUUCGUUGCUUCAAUUGAACGAAAAUCAUAAUUGUACCUUCCCCGCAAACACUAUAAAUAGACAUCUGGUGUUAUGGUUUUUAAUCAGAUACACAACCCCAAAUAACUCUCACUCAAUUAAACUGAUCAACCACCAUGGCAUCUCAUUCUCUCCUAUCUAAUGAACCCACUUAUAAGGUUUACUGUCAACAUGGCCCAAAUUUUCACCUCACUAUCAGAUACGAAAAAGUGGUUCUUGCACCUUCUGAUCCUUCCGAUAAAUUUCAAAACUGGCACAAGGUUGAGAGAGGGAGUUUAAAAUUGAAGGAUAAACAACUUUUUUCCUGCUUUGCUUUAGUUAAUAAAGCCAGUGGUCAGGCCAUUAAGGCUAAUGUAGACACUAAACAACUCGAGCUGAUUCCGUAUAAUCCGGAUGUUGUUGAUGAGUCCGUACUUUGGUCGGAAACCCAUGAUUUGGGUGAUGGUUACAGGGCCAUUUGGACGACUGCAAAUGUCCAUCUGAAUUUAGAUGCUUUCGGUGGCGAAGAUCCCAUCAAAAAUGGUACUCCUGUUUGGCUCUGGAAGUGGCAUGAAGGGCAUAAUCAGAGAUGGAAGUUUACUCCUCAAAGCUUGAAAGAUGGAGGAAGUCCAGUUUUAAAAGGCGGUAAACCUAACGUGACUGACAUGAAGAAACCGCAAUCUGAGUCUUCUAGACGGUAUGACAAGAUCAGGAAGGAAUUCAGCGCAGUGUGUGCGCGAAUAGUUGAAGCUAAUUCCAAAAGUGCAGCUGAUGAAGCCGUGCAGCAGCUGAUGGAGAUAUUGAAAAGAGAGGUUAAUGAGUUCAGGAAUGAUUUGAAUGAGUUGAGACUUAAAGAAUUAGCUGAAGCUAAUGCCACAAGUGCAGCAAUGCAAAAGCAAAUAGUGGCAUUAAAUAAUAAAUUAAAUUCAAGCUGGUGCGUGGUGAUGUAAUUUUAUGUAAAACUUUUAAUUUUCGUAAUAAUAUCUUAAUUGCAA